AUGGCACAAGCAACCACACCCGCAUCCUCCUCCUCCUCCAAUUGGAAAUCCUCCAUCCGUGCCCCGCCCAAAGACCUCCGCCCACAAACGGAGGAUGUGACGGCAACGAAGGGUACCGAAUUUGAAGACAUGUUCCUCCGCCGCGAGCUCCUCAUGGGCAUCUUCGAGGCCGGCUUCGAGCGGCCCUCGCCCAUCCAAGAAGAAGCCAUCCCCGUCGCGCUCACCAAGCGCGACGUCCUCGCCCGCGCCAAGAACGGCACGGGCAAGACCGCCGCCUUCGUCAUCCCCGCCCUCCAGCAAAUCGACAUCUCCCGCCCCAAGAUCCAGGCGCUCCUGCUCGUGCCCACGCGCGAGCUCGCGCUCCAGACGGCGCAGGUGUGCAAGGCCCUCGGCAAGCACAUGGGCGCGCAGGUCAUGGUCACCACCGGCGGCACGACGCUCAAGGACGACAUCAUGCGUCUGCACGAGACCGUGCACGUCCUCGUCGGCACCCCCGGCCGCAUCCUCGACCUUGCCGGCAAGAACGUCGCUGACUUGUCCGAGUGCCCCGUCUUCGUCAUGGACGAGGCCGACAAGCUGCUCUCGCCCGAGUUUGCACCCGUGAUGGAGCAGCUGCUGGCCUUCCUCCCGCGCGACCGCCAGGUGAUGCUGUUCAGUGCGACGUUCCCCAUGAUCGUCAAGGAUUUCAAGGACAAGCACAUGAAGCAGCCUUACGAAAUCAAUCUCAUGGACGAGCUCACCUUACGUGGUGUCACGCAGUACUAUGCCUUCCUCGAAGAACGCCAGAAAGUCCACUGCCUGAACACCCUCUUCUCCAAGCUCCAAAUCAACCAGUCGAUCAUCUUCUGCAACUCGACCAACCGUGUCGAGCUCCUUGCUAAAAAGAUCACCGAACUCGGCUACUCCUGCUUUUACUCGCACGCCAAGAUGCUCCAAUCGCACCGGAACCGGGUCUUCCACGACUUCCGCAACGGCGUCUGCCGCAACCUCGUUUGCUCCGACCUCCUCACCCGCGGUAUCGACAUCCAAGCCGUCAACGUCGUCAUCAACUUUGACUUCCCUAAGAACGCCGAGACGUACCUGCACCGUAUCGGCCGCUCGGGGCGGUUCGGACACCUCGGACUCGCCAUCAACCUCGUCACGUACGAGGAUCGCUUCAACUUGUACAAGAUCGAGCAGGAGCUCGGGACCGAGAUCCAGCCGAUCCCCGCUCAGAUCGACCGCUCGCUCUACGUCGCGCCUAGCGCGCCCGACGAGGAUCCGAUGUCGCCCUCCGUAUCGUCCACGACCAACAGCGCGCAGCAGCAGCAACAACAGCAACAGCAGGCGAAGGCGCGUGCGGCCGCUGCACAAGCGCUGCCCCAACCGCAGGUGGUGUACCAAAGCGGGCCGCCCCAGGGCAGGUUGAACGGCUCACCGGCGCCUGGCUUGAUCCAGCAGCAACAAGUAGUUGGUCAAGGCGUGGCGAGGGGAUACAGCGCCCAGGCCGGGUUCCGGGGCGUACCCGCCGCGCGGUAGGCGAACCGACGAGGCUUGCCCAGCGGCCAGGGAGCGACGAACACGGAUGAUCAACACGCACCCCGCUCGCGUUCUCUGCGUUCAUCGAUUUAUGCGACUUCCCGACCAUCCCCGAUUACUACUGACACAUCCACGGACCACGCUUAACACGCAUUCGAAGAGCCCAACCCCCCUUGACCUCAACCCGCCCACGACGCCGCCGAUCGCUAUUCCGGACGGCCCUCGACCCCCAAUUUAUCUAUCUACACAUCUGCAAUCUGCACCCGGCCCGCUAAGCCACUCUCGAAUACGAUACUCUCCGACCGCUGCAAACGUCCUGGUUAGCCCCCUCUACCGAGUGUUCAACUACAUAUUCGCGCGUAUAACAUCUCGUACUACAUACACCCCUCCUCGUAACGCAACCUC